AUGGACAUUAAAAAAUACCUAAUAAUUUUAUCUGUCUGCUGCUGUAUCUCGAUCAGUUUGAGUAAUGAUGCUGUAAACUUUGUGAUUUCUUUUGUACAGCUUGAUGACAGACCUACAUCUUUGUUAACUCCUUAUCUUUGUUGGGAUAAAUACACGAUUACGUCAAUGGCUCGUCAGUUGCACGGAUCCGGCAGAAGUAUCGCCGAUUCUCUACAGACGAACAAAACAGAGUUCUAUAUUAACCAUGUGGUCGUUUUGGUGGAUUUUGAAUGUUCUAAUAUCGAGACAUUUUUAAAGAAUGCUAGUGAGAAAGGCUACUUCAAGUCUCCAUAUCGCUGGCUGCUACUCAACCUUCAUAACAAGGAGGAGACAGUGCUGGAAGACCUGGAUAUCCUGGUGGAUAGUGACGUGGUGGUAGCCAGGAGAGUCGGGGAACUGAUCAUCAUGACUGAAGUAUAUAAAGUGGCAAGAAAUACAGAAAUAAUUCACACUACAAGAGCUUCAUGGCGCCCGUUACACACUGAGGAAGGUUUUGUAGAAGAUUCUAAAGGAAAUCGUACUGAAGAUGAUAUUUGUAGGAAAUUAUUUCCGAAUGUACAUUUUAUGGGAAAGUUUGGGAUCGUAGAAGAUUAUCGAGAGAGUAAAGCGGUAUCUUCUAGAAGGAAGAAUUUAAGAAGACACACGCUGACUAUGGUCAACGUGUUGCUUGAUACUAAUGAAACUCAGAAACAUAUGGACGAUCGAUUGCUUCUCCACCAAGAUUCUAUAGCAAAAACGUCGUACGCGGCCGCGAAGAUCUGUUUUGAAAUGCUUAAUGCGUCGGAGAAACUUCUGUUUACCCACACUUGGGGAUACCCUGACCAAUACGGGAGAUGGCAGGGUCUAGUCCAGCAUUUGAUUGACAAAGAAGCUGAUUUGGGAACUUGUUCCAUCUUCACUCUCCAACGUAUGGAGGUUGUGGACUAUAUCGCCAUGGUUGGCAAAAACUCCGUUCGCUUCAUCUUCAGAGAGCCUCCCUUAGCUUACAUCUCCAAUAUCUUCACUCUCCCCUUCACCAGAGACGUGUGGCUGGCGAUCGUUAUCUGCGUCCUGGGCUGUGCUGUCUUCCUGUUCAUCACUUCUAAGUGGGAAGCUACUAAGAGUUCGCACCAGUUCCAGCUAGACGGCUCCUGGGCUGACGUUCUGAUCCUGAUCAUCGGAGCAGUUCUGCAACAGGGAUGCACAUUGGAACCUAGAUUCGCUGCAGGAAGAACAGUAAUGUUUCUUCUGUUCAUCGCGCUGACGAUCCUGUACGCGGCGUACUCCGCUAACAUCGUGGUGCUGCUGCGGGCACCCAGCUCCUCCAUCAGGACACUGACUGACCUCCUCCACUCACCCAUGGAACUCGGCGCUAGUAACUUUGAGUACAACCGGUAUUUUUUCAGGAAACUUAACGACCCGCUCCGAAAAGCAAUCUACGACAAGAAAAUCGCCCCCAGGGGAAAGAAGGCUUUCUACAGCAAAGAAGAAGGGGUGGAGAAAAUUAGGAAGGGUCUGUUUGCGUUCCACAUGCAAUGCAACCCAGGCUACCGUCAGAUCCAGGAGACGUUCAAUGAGAACGAGAAGUGCGACCUGGUCGAGAUGGAUUACAUCAACGAGGUGGACCCCUGGGUGCCGGGCCAGAAGAGAUCCCCAUUCAAAGACCUCUUCAAGAUCAACUUCAUCAAAAUCUGGGAGACUGGUAUCCAAGCUAACUACAACCGGCGCAUCAACGUCCCCCGGCCAAAAUGCUCAGGGUCCGUGGCUACCUUCAGCAGUGUCGGCAUCACUGACAUUUACCCCGCCCUGCUGGCGACACUGUACGGAAUGUUGCUAGCACCAGCCAUCUUGGUUCUGGAGAUUGCUUACCAUAGACUGAUAAUUAUGAGAGCAAAGAGACGACAGAAUAUUGUCCAGGACACAUUUGAAAAAGGAACACAGCAAAAAGUCAUCCAGAUAAACGAAGUCUUCUAUGUAAAUCUUUUCAUGGCACAUUUAGCAUAUGCUAAUGAUGGAAAUACAGUGAGAUUUAUCAAAGAAUAUAUUGUGAAUGAAAACAAGCCUACUGACUUGGUUUUUCACCGCUUAUGCUGGGGUAACGAUAUCCAAGUUGAAUUAAUGAACGAAAUGACUAGUAUAGGUGUGAGAUCGUCUUCUCUUAUACAUUUGCCUUCAAAGUAUUUUUAUCACUUUAUUCUGUUCCUAGUCGAUUUGAGGUGCGAAAGUUCUGAAGAAUAUCUUGUAAACGCAACAUCGAAUAAUCUUUACGCAUGGCCGUUUCGUUGGCUAAUUAUUUCCGAAACUUUGAACCCAGAUUCCGUGAUAUUAGAGAUCCCAGCACUUCCUGAUAGUGAUAUUGUCUUGGCUGAAAAAAAAAUGGAUACAUUUACCUUGACUGAAUUGCACAAACCAGCAGCAAAUUAUUCAAUGAUAUUCACUCCAAGAGGGUUUUACAACGGCACGCUGGUCGACGUGAGGCCAUUCAAACAGAUCUUCAAAAGAAGGAGAGAUCUGAUGGGACACGCGCUGACGAUCUCCAAUGUUAUUCAGGACAGUAACACUACUAAGUAUCAUCUUCUUCAAGAGAAUAGGCUAGAGCUACAAUACGACGCCGUCGCCAAAAUCUGUUUCAUAGCAGCUAGACAUGCCUUCGAGAUGUUGAACGUCACCACUCGGUACAUCUUCAGCUAUCGAUUCGGGUAUAAAGUGAAUGGCACGUGGACUGGGAUGAUAAAUGAUCUUGAGGAGAAGAGAGCUGAUCUGGGAACCAACUGCGUGGUCUUCCUGAACCGGCUGGAGGUGGUCAUGUACACCGACACAGUAGCACCAAUGAGGAUGAGAUUCGUGUUCCGGCAGCCACCCCUGUCCUACGUCUCCAAUAUCUUCGCGCUACCAUUCUCGAUCAAUGUCUGGGUGGCCAUUAUUAUCUGCUCCUUGGCUUGUACUGCCACCUUGUUCUUUACCAGUAAAUGGGAGAAUAAGAUUGAAAAGACAUCUACUCAACUGGACGGAAGUGUCGGUGAUGCCUUGUUGUUAACUAUGAGUGCGAUCACACAACAAGGGUGUGCCUUAGAACCGAGAAGAGCCCCAGGACGCAUAAUGGAGUGGGUAUUCUUUGCUGCCGUUAUGGCUCUAUACGCGGCUUAUUCCGCCAACAUCGUGGUGCUACUCCAGGCACCAUCCAACUCCAUCAAGACCUUGGCACAGUUAGCUGCCUCCAAGAUGGAACUCGGCGCCAACGACUUGGACUACAAUCGUUUUGUGCUGAGUCCCAGCCAAACAUCACAGGACCCCAUUCACCAGAACAUCCAUGACAGAGUUAACCCCGACGAUGGAGCUGGAAAGUUUUACCACAUUUACGAAGGGGUGGAAAGAAUCAGAAAGGGACUAUUCGCAUUCCACUCUAUCGUGGAGCCAGUCUACCACCGAGUUGAGGAUACCUUUUUGGAGACUGAGAAGUGCGACCUGACUGAAGUAGACUUCAUUGGAAGUUUCGACGCCUCAACCCCGGUUAGAAAAGACUCACCUUAUUUGGAGCUGCUGAAAGUUGUUUACAAACAAAUGCGCGAAACUGGCAUUUUGUCGGCCCAAAACCGUCGUCUCCAGACGCCGAAGCCGCACUGCUCCGACAAAAAGGCAGCCUUCGCCAGUGUGGGGGUAAUGGACCUGCGGCCGGUGCUGCUGUUGAUGCUGUACGGAACACUACUGUCGCUUGCUAUCAUGCUGGUGGAGAUGCUAGUGUUCAGACUAACAAUUAUAUACAAAGAAAAGAAAAAAAACUGGAUGCUGAAUGGUUGGAAUUUGGAGUUUUUAAAUUAA